AUGUCAAGCCUGCCGAGUCUCUACAGUCGGCUAUGGACCUAUCACAUAUCAGCUCGUCGUUUGUCCAGAGCACAUAGGUGUUUCCAUGCCGCGAAACCUGUUCUAUCCAGUUCCAUCAGUAGCAGUAACGACAUUUUGUUUAAUGCCACCGCGUCCAUGAGAAAGAACAAAGAAACAGCCAAGCUAAAUGGACCCAGAUCACAUCCAAGCUCAAAUGGUCAAUCAAGAAGAAAGCCCUUCAAGCCGUCCGGGCCAGGUCACAAUAUCAAAAAACGCACAGUUGUUAAAUGGAGCACCGGCAGCGAGAGAGCUCAAAGCGCUGCUAACCACACACUGCAGCAAAUAUUCAAGCUGAAUGAACGUGGGGUGAUUAGGGUUGUGGAUCAAGAAACAAACCAGCUUGAAGAAACCACCAUUUUAACUUGGGCUGCGGGGCUAGAUUUGGGUCAGUUUGGAAUUACUAUCGUCAAUGUGGAGCAGAGAGGCACUUACAGUAUUCCUCUUGUGAAACUUGUAGAUACUAAGACUGCUCUGAAAAAAUAUUCAGACGAGUUGGCUCGACAAAAAGAAGAAGAACUCACAAAGAUGGGUUUCUCAAAUAAAAGGUUAGGCAAGAAGGUCGAAAAAGACAACGGAGAAGAUAACGUCAAGCAGAUCAAGGUUUCUUGGCAAAUUUCCGAUGCAGAUCUUAACAAGCAGAAGGCCAAUGAGAUUACUUCGCAGCUGAAAAAAGGCUAUAAAGUUUUCCUUUAUCUAAACGGCAGAGAGGCACUUAACAAAUCAACUUGGGCCGAAGACAUAGCAAGCCCAGAGUCCGAAAACGACAGCAAUGCUAAGAAGAUCUCAGCUAAAGAACUACAGAGACGUCAAUCAGUCGUAGACUUAAUCGAGGAGAUCGUCGGCGAUUAUGCGCUGCAGCCCUCAGUUGAUGGUAAUAUAGAGUCGAGAUUAAUAAUAAAAUUGACGCCCAAACCGACUGCACAUAAGAAAGAAGACAAAACAGCAUUAAAAGAGGAGCGCAAACUCCAGAGGCAGGCAAAACUACUAAAGAAAGUUGAGAAAAAGAAAGAUAAAGAACCAGAAGAAUUCUGA